UCCUGCCCCUCCGCUGGGGGAACUCCAAUCAACUUUGCGGGGCGCCUGAAGGAGUUGACAGGAACAGUCUUCUUGGAGCAGAUCAGGUCCUGAGGAGCAGCCUCCUGGCAGUGGAGAAUACCAGCAGCUUUAAGGGGCUUGCUCAUGCUGGUCCCCUGUGUGGUAGCAACAGUUAAUGCAGAUGAAAAAAAUAAGCCCUGGGUUCUCAGAUCGCUAGCUCCGGGUAGACCAGCUGCUAUGUUGUUGUCAGGAAUGCUUCAUGGGAUAAGGAAUCCCUGCAUCCUGCUAAAAGUUACAUGAAUGAGAUUGGAAGUGGAUUCCCCAGCCUUAGCCGAGUCUUCAGAUGACCAACAUCUGGACUGCAAGAUCUGCUGCCUAGUAAUUGACUUCCAAAUUUUUGAUUCACUGAAACCAUGAAAUACGAAUUGUUUGUUGUGUUAAGCCCCUGUGUUUGGGGACAGUUUAUUACAUGACAAUGAAUAACUGAUACAGAAGGCACACUGAGCACAGUGACUACUACAUCAUAAGGGCCACGGCAGAUGCCACAUCUGCAUCUUCACGGUUCAGGAGAGAGGCCUGAAUUGGAUAUGGGAAUCUUUGGAAUUAGAGACAAUAAUAGAAUCCAAGAAGAUGACUGAGUCAGUCCCCAGAGAGAGUUUACCUGGAACCUGGGCUCCCGGAGACUCAGCGCUGGAGCAGAUGGAUAAUGGAGACUGGGGCUAUAUGAUGACUGACCCAGUCACGUUAAAUGUAGGUGGACACUUGUACACAACGUCACUCACCACAUUGACACGAUACCCGGAUUCCAUGCUUGGGGCUAUGUUUGGGGGAGAUUUCCCCACAGCUCGAGACCCUCAAGGCAAUUACUUCAUUGAUCGAGAUGGACCUCUUUUCCGAUAUGUCCUCAACUUCUUAAGAACUUCAGAAUUGACCUUACCCCUGGAUUUUAAGGAAUUUGAUUUGCUUCGGAAAGAAGCAGAUUUUUAUCAGAUUGAACCCUUGAUUCAGUGUCUCAAUGACCCUAAACCUUUGUAUCCCAUGGAUACUUUUGAAGAAGUUGUGGAGUUAUCUAGUACUCGUAAACUGUCUAAGUACUCCAAUCCAGUAGCCGUCAUCAUAACCCAGUUAACCAUCACCACGAAGGUCCAUUCCUUACUCGAAGGUAUUUCAAACUAUUUUACGAAGUGGAAUAAACACAUGAUGGACACUAGAGAUUGCCAGGUUUCCUUUACUUUUGGACCGUGUGAUUAUCAUCAGGAAGUUUCUCUCCGGGUCCACCUGAUGGAAUACAUCACAAAACAAGGUUUCACGAUCCGUAACACCCGAGUGCAUCACAUGAGUGAGCGGGCGAAUGAGAACACAGUGGAGCACAACUGGACUUUCUGUAGGUUGGCCCGGAAGACAGAUGACUGAGCUCCAACCCAGAAAGAUUCUGGAAACUGACUCUCCAGGAGGUGGAAGAGACUGUUCUUCUUCUUUUUAAUCACAGUGUGGGAUUUAAAAAAAAUAAGUAUUUAUUUGAAGGCAUUAAUGACCAGAAGGAAGUUUUGUGCUUUAGCAGACUUGUAUGUUUUGUUUCCUUCACCCUGUGUAUGCAUGUGCCUGUUCAGAGCCUCCAGAUACCUUUUUUAUAAAAAGAAAUCUGAAAAUUAUAAUGGUAUAUAAUCUACCCUUAACAGAGCUUUUUUUAUUACAGUGCUAAAUGAUUUCUGAUUAAAUGGUCCCUAACUCAACUAGAAGGCUAAACAUGCAGGAAUGAAUGAAUAAACAGAGAACUCAUGAUGCCUUUGAGAAAAAUCAGAACAGGUAGGGUGACCCAGUUUUCAAACCAAUAGCAGUAUUGUAAUAUUAAAGGAAAACUGUUCAAUCAUUUAAAAGUACUUGUGAAGUACUGCUUUUUUACAGUUAUGACAACUGUUUCUUUCUAUGCAUAUAAAUCAAGCAACCAAAUAUCUGUAGCCAUGGAUAUGUCUAACUAGAAAUAUUUAUAUUGAAUUCUGACUACAAAAGUGUCCCUGUGAUAGAAAUUUUAUGUUUCAUGCCUGGUGCAGUAUAAUUUCCAUGUGUACUGUCUACCAGAAAAAAACAAGUUAAUAAAAAAUGAAAUAUGAAAAUUAGGUUUGUAUUUACUGAUUAUUGUUACUUAAGGGAGAAAGUCAUACUUGCAUGUUUUGUUUUAUGUUCCAGUAUAUACUGCCUUUUACACAUUGGUAUUUGAUUCAUGAGGAUUCAGUAGAACCUUGGGAUACAGUUUAUAGAACACUGCCAGAGUAUUAAAGCAGGAAUAGAUGUAAUUACUGAUUUUAUCUAAAAGAAUACAUAUUGAACAGUGAACAUAGAAUUUGUCAACUUUUUUCAAAUAGAACUUAAUUUGAAGAUUACAGAUUUUUCUUCAAUAAGUCACUAGUUGUUAUAGUUCUAAAUAUGGAACAUGGGGACAAAUUGACUCUUGAGCCACCUUAUUUUUACAUAUUGUGGUGAUUCACAAAUGUAUUUUAUUAAAUUUAUGCUAUUUCUGAGGAGAAGAAAUAAAGUGUAGUGAGUGAAGGAUUUGAAACAGAGAUGUAUGUACUUUCUUUCACUAUCUUACUUUGCAUAGUUCAUUUGUUAGCAGUUGUUCAUGGAAAGGAUUAUGUAAAGUAUAGUGAGACUCCCUAAUUUGUUAGAACACUUUGCAAAGGAAGUCUUCCCUGUUUUCUGAGGAAGGAGGUGCUCUGAGGUUCUGCUCUGGGAAUCUCCUCUCUGAGAAGAUUCUGAGAUUCUCUCUGAAAAGAGAAUAAAAACACUUACCUACAUUCAUUUCCCC